CCUGGCAACUGAAAACAAAGCAGGCGGCUGGCUGGAGGAGAAUGGUGUCGUCUGAAGAGCCGUGAGCGCCACACCCUGCGUGAUCCGCAAAAUACAACUACUACACACAGUACAGUGAAGAAGUUUCAGGCAGCAUCACAAAGAAACUGCGUCCGAUCCCAAAUUCAUUCUGCAGCAUGACAACGACCCCAAAAAUGAAGCCAGAGUCAAAGAAGUAUUUUUUUCAACGGGGUUCUACAACAGAUGGUGUGGCCCACACAGAGGUCUGAUACUUAGAUUUCACCUGUCUGCAUCACCAUCUGUCUCCUCACCAGUGGUGGAGGAAGGAGACUAUUAUUGAGAUCCUUUCCUUAAGUAAAAGUAUGAAUAGCUACCACAGUCUAAAUUUACUCUGUCCUGCAUUCAAUGAUUAAACAUCAGCAAAAUUUACAUAAAAAUCCCCUUCAUGCAUGAUUAAAAAUAUAUAAAAUAUUCUGCUGUCAAAAAUCAUGAUUGGAGGUACACACCUCAAACUUAGAUUUUGGAAUUUUUAAAGAGAUUAAAAGUAGUCACAGUGGUCAAGGAUUAAAAUGCAAAAAAAUCUAAAGGUUUAUUUCCAUUGUGGCCCUUCACAUGGAACAAAGAGCAUGACAUACCUACAAUACAUACCAACAAUAACAAACAUUAAUAAGAAUGGCAAAGAUGCGUGGCCUACACAUUCUGACUUCAGGCCAGAAAUGAACGAGAAAUUUUCUUUUCGAGGCCACUUUGAACAUAUGCUCACUGUUUUUAAAAGAUGAUUUUAUAAGUAAAAGAUGACUGAAUAAAGUCGACCCACUUCCCCACUGUUAGCUAAUUUAAUUCUAACUAAUCCGACUCAGCAUGUGUGAAGGGAUAAAGUUUUACAGUGACCCUUACUGGUCCAUUUUGUGCCUUCUCAAAUAUAUUUUUAUGAAGCUGCGAUAGUCAUUCAUGCCAAGAGGUGGCAGCAUAAUCACAGUAACAAUCACCAAAACACAGUUUUGAGUGUGAGUGGAGAGGGACUUAGAGCAUCAAAAGAUAAAGUGCUAAUCAUGGAGAAUGAAUGAGUGUUAUACAAUAUAAUAAUAUAUAUUGCAAUGACUAUCACAAAUGAAACAGGUAAGCAACGUGUUUUACUGGUGUAGUUGGUCAGCUAGAGAUAAUUGAACUACUUUAUAUACAGCUGGCAGUUUAGUUUAUAAUUAACAAAGAUAGAUAGAUAGAUAGAUAGAUAGAUAGAUAGAUAGAUAGAUAGAUAGAUAGAUAGAUAGAUAGAUAGAUAGAUGUUGAAGAAUCCCAGUUAUUUUAUUUUGUUGUCCACCAGGUGUCAUACAAGGUUUUUGCAGAGAGAUAAAUCUGACCAUGACAUCACAGCUGAUAAUAACAGUAGUCUAAUGUCCCUCUGUGGCAACAUUAUGGUGAUUUGUGCCAUGUUCACCCUAUUUUAAUAACUGUAAUAUUCCUACCAUUCACUGAUGUUCCAUUUAAGAUGCAAUGUUUGGAAGUUAUUGUGGCAUCCCUCUUAGUUGUGUAUUAAAGUUAGAGCUGGAGGACAUAUUUCUCCUGCUCUUUAUGUGAUAAAAGAAUUAAUUUUGUUAGUUUUAUCCUCACGACUUAACGGGGUUGUGUAGAUUAAGUGGAGUCAGACAGAGUCUCAGCGCACAAAGCUCUGGAAGUGGGAGAUCAACUUAAUUCAUCACAGUGUGUUGGGGACAUGAUGAUAGGGCCUGUGCUGAGUUUCAAGUGGCCGCAGGAAAAUCUUCAGCUGAGACAUGCAUCCAAUGAGCGCGUCCAAAGACUGCCCCCCUCCCAAAAGGGAGAUAGAGUUUCCAUAUUUUUACACAUGACGAAAAUGCAUUAAGUCCACAAAAGGCAGCAGUCGACUCAGCACACACAGGUGGAGGAUGGGAAUGGGUCAUGACCAGGAGGAGUUUGCUCUGAGUGGACUUGCACGACCUGCAUUGUUGUAGAAUCCUUCGCGCUGGAUUAUGCUCUUCAUCCUGAUCCGUGGCCGUCACCGCUUCCACUGAGCUUGCACAUUCAGUAUCACUUUGUUUCCUCUGCUGGUCAUUGCAUUCUUUACUGAAUGCAAGCAUCGUCAUGUUUAUCAGAACAACUUCUCUCCUCUACUUUGUGGUUUCAUUCUUAAAACUUGUCCAUUGCAUGGAAAGUGAACUCUGCUUCCCAGUUAGAUUGGAUAACCAUGACAGGAAGGAUUUUGACAACGACGUGGAUAUCCUCAGUGGGAAAUGUCUCAUAAAAAUACGAGCCUUCCAGCAGGAAUUAGUGAUCGAUUUACAUCAGGACUCUAAUUUCAUCGCUCCUUCCAUUUCUAACCAAGACGCGGUCUGGCUCUCCAGCUCCGAUGUCACCACUGACCUGAGCCGGUGUUUUUACUCCGGAUAUGUGAACGCUGACCGCUAUUCUUAUGCUGCUCUGAGCCUCUGUAAGGGUUUACACGGUGCGUUUGGCUUCCAAGGAUGGGAAUAUUUCAUCAGCCCGGUGCAAAAUGACACCAGCAGCACAGAAAGCGCGCACAUCAUACGGCGCAGACCCAGCAACGACCUGAAGCUCAAUUCAACCUCUAGGUGCGCAGUGGACAGCGACAUAAGUCUCCAGGUUGCGCAAUCGUUGGAGAAAUACAAGCGACUGCAAGAUUACAGCAAUGUGACCGAAACGAUGCUGAGGAGGAUGGGGAGAGCCAAGAGGUUCGCUUCGGUCCCCAGGUACGUGGAGACGCUCGUGGUGGCGGACGAGUCCAUGGCGCAGUUCCACGGAGAUGACCUAAAACACUACCUCUUGACGCUGAUGUCGGUGGCGGCGAGGCUCUACAGGCACCCCAGUAUUCUGAACUCCAUCAGCAUUGUGGUUGUGAAGAUCGUGAUUAUAUCCGAGGAGGACAAAGGACCGAAGGUGUCCGGGAACGCAGCCAUGACCCUGCGAAACUUUUGCACUUGGCAAAAGAAGAUGAACAAAAACAGCGACAAGCAUCUAGAUUACUGGGACACCGCGAUCCUUUUCACUAGACAGGACCUGUGUGGAGCCUCCACCUGUGACACUCUUGGCAUGGCGGACGUUGGCACUAUGUGUGACCCCAAGAGGAGCUGCUCUGUGAUUGAAGAUGAUGGCCUGCCCUCUGCCUUCACCACCGCCCACGAGCUUGGACACGUGUUCAACAUGCCACACGACAAUGUGAAGGCCUGUGAGGACGUGUUUGGGAAACUGCAGGACAACCACAUGAUGUCUCCAACGCUGAUUCAGAUCAACCGCACCAGCCCCUGGUCCCCCUGCAGUGCUGCCAUCAUCACUGAAUUUCUGGACAGUGGGCACGGGGAAUGUUUGCUCGACCAGCCUCAGAAACCGUUGGCACUCCCCGACUUGCAGCCGGGAGCAUCCUACAUCCUGGACCGUCAGUGUGAGCUUGCGUUCGGAGAGGGCUCCAAGCCUUGCCCCUUCAUGCAACCACCAUGCGGCCGCCUGUGGUGCACGGGGAAAUCCAACGGCCAUUUGGUGUGCAUGACUCGGCACUUCCCCUGGGCAGAUGGCACCCACUGUGGGGACGGGCAGGUGUGCGACCGAGGCGUGUGCUCUGACAAACAGGUCCAAAAUGUGAAGGUGGAUGGACGCUGGGGUAAGUGGGGCACGUUCGGUUCCUGCUCGCGCACCUGUGGAGGCGGCGUCCAACUGUCUAAAAGGGAGUGUAACAACCCCGUUCCGUCAAAUGGGGGUAAAUACUGCCAAGGGGUUCGGGUCAAAUACCGCUCCUGCAACCUGAACCACUGCCCUGACACAGGUAAGACUUAUCGUGAGGAGCAGUGUGAGACCAGUGGCCGCAACUUCAACAGCAACCGCAUUGCUCCCUCUGUGGUGUGGGUACCAAAGUACUCUGGAGUGUCCCCAGAUGACAGGUGUAAACUCAUCUGCAGGGCUAACGGCACUGGUUACUUCUACGUCCUGGCACCUAAGGUUGUUGAUGGGACUCCAUGCUCCCCGGACUCCACAGGGGUGUGUGUCCAAGGAAAGUGCAUCAAGGCUGGCUGUGAUGGAAAAAUUGGCUCCAACAAAAAGUUUGAUAAGUGUGGAAUCUGCGGAGGUGAUAACAAGGGCUGUAAGAAGGUGUCAGGACUCUUCACAAAGCCUGCGCACGGCUACAACUUCGUGGUCAUGUUGCCAGUGGGUGCAGCCAACGUAGACAUCCGUCAGCGAGGCUACAAGGGAAUGAUGAGUGAUGACAACUAUUUGGCAGUGAAGAACAGUGAUGGUUAUUACCUGCUCAAUGGGAACUACAUUGUAUCUGCCGGGGAGAGGGACAUCAUUGUGAAGAGCAGCCUGCUGCGGUACAGCGGCACAGCUGGCCUCUCCGAGACCCUGCAGGCCGUGAAGCCCUUGGGAGAAGCUCUUACUGUGGAGGUGCUAUGCGCAGGCAAGAUGACGCCUCCUAGAAUCCGCUACUCCUUCUACCUCGUCCGUCAGACCAAGGAGGACAAGACUCUGAAGAAGGACGGGCGCAUAAACUCCCAUAACAGUGUCCUGGCUGAAGAUAGUGUCAAGGAGAGGGGAGGAGACACUCUGAAGAAGUCUUACAAGGAGGAUCCUGCUCUUGGGAAAUGGAUAUCCACAAACUGGGACCAGUGCUCAGUGACCUGCGGCAGCGGUAUCCAGAGGAGGAUGGUGCAGUGCCUGAGACCGGACGGGAAGCCGGGGUUGGACUGCGAUUCUUCACAAAGACCCCCAGCCAUCAGGGUUUGUGGAGACCCAUGUCCUGAGUGGCAUAUUGGGCAGUGGUCACCUUGCUCCAGAACCUGUGGGAAGGGCUUCAAGAGACGACCACUGCACUGCAAAACCCAACCUGGGCAUCUGCUUCCAAGGGAACACUGCACUGGCUUGCGCAAACCACAGGAGCUGGACUUCUGUAACCUAAGGCCUUGCUAGUGACUAAAACCAAUUAAGUACAAAUGUUGGUCUGAAUCGAAUCCACCUGCGAGUAUUACACACGCAGUGUCUGUCAGGUGCAUAUUUUUCCACCUGCCUCAUGGGACGGUUAGAGCAUGACAGACACUUGCUUGGAUGAACAAUGAGAAUAUUGGAAGGAGAGUGAAAGCCACAGGAUGAAUGCUGGAUGAAUUCUUUUUUCACUGCCAUCUCUCUGACAUCAAAAGACAUUACCCAGGUCUAAAACUCUGAUGGUAAAAUAACAUAAUAAAAGGUUGAAUAAGAUUUAGUAGAAUCCCUUGUACUGUCAGCAGAUACAGAAUGCCCAUUUGCAAAUAAUCAAUCAAUUUUUUUCCAUAUGAGUCUGGAUCCCAUUUUAUGUCAAAAUGUUUUAACAGUGCAGGUUUCAAAGUUUUAGUUGGAUCUUGCAAAUAGAUCAGUGAAGCCUGCUGGUUGUCCAAAAAAUGAUUCUAUUCAUUUUUCAAAAAGAAAAUGUAUCGAGACUGACAUGUGUAACUUUCUACCAAGUGGACUAAAAUGCUAUGCCCAUGUGCUGCACAACACUUUAUACAGAGAAGGACAUUUCACACUUCACUUGCCAUCAUUCACAUGCUUUUUUUCAGGGACAUUUUUAAAGCUUGGAAUUGAUUCAGAAAUGAAACAGAUUUACAGACGUAUGCUAGUUUCAACAUAUUUGGUAUACUGUUGCUGCAUCACGUAUCCAAUCCAAAUAUAUAUUUUGAAGCUGUUGGAUAAUAGCUGUAGCAAGUUGAUGGAACAAAUGAUAGAUUCAUAUAGCAGCAACCACUGUACCAUUUUUAACAUAUUUUACUUCUAGAACUUUCACAGAAACAAACAAUGACAGUGGAGCCAGCGUUUCUCCUCCGCACAGUGCUCCCCUUCAAAACUAGGAAGAAAUCUCCUGCCUUGCAGAUGUUGAUUAUGUGCAGACCUCACUCAGCACCAGUCAUGGAAAUAGUUUAAACUAGAAUCUAAGGUCACACUGGUGGCUUUCAUGACAGAUCAAACUAAACCAUGCAGGAAACAAUGACCAGCGGUUUGCUCCCAGUCAGCUGGUGUGGCUGCAAGCUCAGUAAUUUCAUCAGGAAUCGCACUGCUCAUUUGAGAUAUGGACUUAGGCUGAUAUCUCACUCAUACACACACUCACUUGCAUGCACACACACACAUGUAUUGUGUUCAGUUCCUGCCUUCUGUGUUCAACAUGCCUGAUUGCUUCCUUCAUUUGACCACAACAAUUGUCUCCUCAGUUCCUAGCGUUCAGCCAGUUGUGAAGCCUGUUAAGUCAUGCCUGUCUGGCACAGUUACCAUAGAUAAUUUAUUAUCAAUGAAACGAUAAAGCAGAGAGGGGAAGAAAAACUGGCAAGCCCUCUGCUAUACUGUACAGAAUAUGUGUUUUCCUGGAUCUCCUUGUUCAUGGCCCCACAGCCUGAGCCAAGAUGUUCUCUCUACACACUUGAUGAAAUCCUGUAAUCCAUUAUAUUUUUGUUUUGUUUCUUAAGGGGCCACAUUGUCCAGUCCAACAUCCAACUACAGGAUGGAUCCUGCACUGGUUGGAUUACUAUUUUUAUUUUUUAUUUUUUAUUAGCUUUUGCACUUUGUACAGCAAAAGAAACCAAUGACCUACAUGGGCUGUACUGUAUACUAUGUAUACAUUUAUUCAGCUCUGUGCAAAAAAUAAUGUAAAUACUUUUUUAAUCUUUUUUUUUUUUUUUUUUACACAGGCAUUUGUAAUUGUCUUUGACUUCAGAAUAUUUAUUCCAAAAAUAAAGCCAUUAAUGAACAGUUAUAA